GAAAAGCUCAGCUUGAGAAAACGAACAACACCAAACUUUAAACCACACAUUCAAAGAAACUUCACUGCAGAUACACAAUACUAUAAACUAUUGUGCUCAUCUCAUUAGAUGCAGCAUUGAUGGUCAAUUAAUCGCAAACUUAUAUCUUGAGACUUAAAAGAAGCUCUCGAGUCGGAAUCGACGAAUUCAUCAAGGUAUCGCAUCAUCGAUUCUACACCGAGGCGUACCUAGUCCAUCGCACCGGUUGAUCUUUUGAAGAGUUGAAUAUACGAGAGAGAAAGAGAGAAGCGUAGCGAAAAUGGUUCAAGGCGCACUUAAAUCGACGAAGAGCGCAUUGGCGGGCGGUAAUCGAGCGAAUGGGGCGGGGAAAAAGGCGGCGUUGGGACCGAAGAAGGGACAGAGAGUUAUUAAGGCGAAGAAGGACGGGUUGAGGAGGAGUGAGGUUUUGAGAAAGAAACAUUCAGCGGGUCUCACAGCCAUGACGGAAAAAACGCUCGGUGCGAAAGCAGGUCAUCUGGAGUUGUUGGGAGUCGGAAAGAAGGGGAAGGGGAAGGAUGGGAAGAAUGCUGGGGAGACCAAGGGGAAGGGAAAUGCGGGGACGACGAUUCAUGGUGGAGAGAAGGGAGGAACGAGGAAAUUCGGUUAGAGGGUUGUGUUGCUAUAUCGAAGGAAGAACAGAGGAUGAUGGUGAACAGACAAGGAACUUAUUUAAUUGAUAUUGGUAUGGAGUUUGGUCGGCGCUUUUGGAGGGAUUGGCGUAUGAGGCGUAGGGGUGGGCUAGAGAUAUGAGAGGUAGGAUUUAAGAUGUACCAAAAUCAUGAAGAUUUAUACAUUCGUAUGCACGGAUUGAAAGCGAGGUCGGAUUUAUCUCAUGAAUACACAUACUUAUCAUAAUGAAAAGCAGUCUUGUCUACUUUCCCAGAUAUAUAGAUAAUUUACUACUCAGAGCUCUUGUUUCCUUUGAAUGGAUAGAAUCGCUCUUCCGUACUGCA